AUGGCUGCUUUCCUUAAUCUUAUGGUCAACAUGGUGCGAAAAAAUACAGGCGCAGCAACUGUAGGUUUUUUCGCUGCAACAACAUCAAGUUCAAGAGCAGGCGCAGCCGCAGGUUCUGUCGCUACAACAUUAGCGAUUGCAGAUCCAGGCACUUUAGCAACAACAAGUGUCGCCGGUGCAACAUCAGCAAGUUCUAUUGCAGGUGCAAUCACAUCAAGUUAUGUCGCCACAGCAUCAGCAAGUUUUGUUGCAGGCACAAUCACAGCAAGUUUUGUCGCAGCACCAUCAGCAAGUUCAGAUGCAGGUGUUGCAACAGUUGCAGUUACAGCAGGUGAACCGGCACAAUGCUUCAUCUCUGAUGUUCCAAAAGAAGCAAUAGCAGACCAACAGGUUGCAGUUUCUAAUGAUGGCUUCCAAAAUCUGCGAUGUAACAGUAGUGCUGAAUUGGUCAAUAAUACAACAGAUUCCAUGCCGGUUAAGCAAAAGUCUAAUCAUGCCUGGCUUUAUGACAAGAGACGUUCUACCAGUAGAAGAAGCAAGCGGAAUAAAGGGAAGUCAAUACCGCGUGGUUUUCACUUUGCAGAAAGGGUCAAUGACGGUCACUAUUACGUGGCAUUGAUUUUGAUGGUGGCGACAAAGCAUUCUGCAAGAGAUCAGUCGAAGAUGCUUACACCUUCCGUUAUGCGGCCUAGCAGAAUCAAGGCAUUUGGGGCCGAGGUUGUCGUUGCUAAGUUUAGUAGUGAUUCGGCUAAGAUCAAUAAUGAUGUGAUCAUUCAGGGUGCAGCUGACCAAGAGAAAGAAUCUGCUGUUGCAGGGUCAAAGGGCGAUGAUAAGGCCGGCGACGAUCAAGAAAGUUCUGUUGCAUAUGCUAGUAAGUUGUUGACGAUUAAUGAAGAAGUUGAAACUAUCAGUGCAACAUCAAGCUCUCAGGUUCGGAAUGAUAAUGGGGGCCAGAAUAGCGGUUCUCAUGCACAUGAGGGGAUUGGUUUGCAAAAGAAGCCUACUUUGGUUUGGAUUAGAAAGAUUCCCAGAUGGACAGUGAGUUCAAAGGUGCCACCAGUCAGUAUGGUUAAUAAUCCUUUAUAUCAUGCCAUAUUCCAAACAUCUGCAACAGAUACUCCGUUGCAGAAUCUCAGAGAGGGACCAGGGAAUUUUACUUUUGAUGGAUGUCAGUUGCCUCCAUUGUCUCCUCAAUAUGGCGCACCAGUGAUGAUGCUUGGAACGUCAUGGAGACAACAAUUACCUUAUCAAAGAUUCCAGGCACCGUGGCCGGUGACUCCAGGAAUGCAGCAGGUGGGAAAUGCAACAAAUAAUACUGUUGGAAGGAAUGCCCAAGAGGCAAAUCAAUUUCAGUUGCAAAAUGUUGCAUUUCCACAGCAGGUUUUACCAAUGCAACAUCGAAAAGGAUCAGCGGUGAUCCCAUCACAACUGAGUGGACAAGAAGGUGCGCCUAGGCUAACGCACAUACCACAGGGAACAUCAGAAAUAGCUACAAAUUUGGAUGAUUCACACGUACCUCAAGGCUUUGGUAUUGUGGUUCCUGAUCCGCAAAUUGUUCCACCUCAUCAAUCAUUGGAAGAAAAUAGAGAGGAACAACAGUGGAUGGAGGAUACCACACGGUUGUCAAUCGUUGAUCUUUCAGAAAUUCGACAGAAGUUUGGAGAAACUGUGAAAGCUUAUUUGAUACGCUUUCGUCAAAUGUAUGCUAAGAUAUCGGAUAAGUAUGACGAACCAACUAUUGUCAAGAUGGCAAUUGCUGGGAUUCAGGAUUACAAAGUCAAGUUGGCCAUCGCACUGCAUUCUAUUCGAUCUUUAAAUCAUUUGGCAGAUAUUGUAAGGAGAUGUGAGAAAGUCAUUAAAGAUAAAAGGGAGAAGGACCCGAGAAAGACGAAGCAAUGGUUCAACAAAGCCCCAAUAGCGGAAGUGAAUCAGAAUCAAUGGGUUCAUGAUGAGGACGAUGAUGAAUACGAGGUUAAUGCCGCUGAAAUCGUCAAUGUCCGUAACUACACAUGUGACGCAUCACGUCGCCCUACAGUUCCACAUUCUUAG